AUGAUUGGAUAUCGAUUUUUUGUGCUUUUUCUGGUCACAAGUUCUGUUUCAUUCAUGUUCGCCAACAGAAUUGUGUUCGGUCUGACUGUUCUGUGUCAAGUGAAACCCGAUAUCAAUGGAACAAGUGAAUACUAUUUGAAUGAUUCUUCUCAACAAACGUGGAUGUACACCAUCAUAGCUAUUGGUUCUUGUAUUGGACCAAUUCCAUUAUAUUGGGGAGACAAACUUAGCACAAAAUUAUUAUUAAUUAUCUAUGGAACUAUAUCAGCUUUAUCAUCAUUAUUAUAUCCAUUAGCUGAUAGUUCUGGCUUCACAAUGGCCAUGAUAACACGUUUCUUUGCUGGUUUCGCUCAAGCUAGUCAAUCAUAUUUUUCAAACGAACUUGUACUUACAUGGGCAGGUGUAGACGAACGAUCUUUCUUUUUUAGUUUCAUAUUAGGAUCUGCUCAAUUUGGAUCAUUAAUAGCAAUGGCAUUAGGUGGCGAACUAUGCUCAACAUUAGGCUGGGAAGUUGUAUAUUAUCUAUUAGGAUUAUUAACACUCCUAAGUACAAUCGUCUCAGCAUAUUAUUAUAAUGAUAAUGUACAGAAUGCAAGAUUAUGCUCAGAUAAUGAGAAAAAACGAAUAUUACAAGGAAAGAGUGUGGUAAACAAAAGUGAAAAAGUGCCAUACAAAUCACUAUUGUUGGAUAAAACAAUAAUUGUUGCCAUCUUUCUAUUUGUUUGUUAUAAUAUAGGAAUGAUCGUAUUUCAACAAUAUAUUCCUACAUAUUUCAAUGAUCAAUUGGGUAUAUCAAUACGUGGAACUGGCUACUUUGCUGCUAUUCCUAUGGCAAUAGCCAUUGCUCUCAAAAUUGUUUUGGGACGUGUAUUGGACCUCGACCUCGGUUUUAGCAAAACAGUUACUUUCAAUAGUCUGGUUAUCAUAAUUGAGUUAGUGGCUGGCAUAGCACUUUUUCUGACUGGGAUGACGAACGAUCAAACACUUUCAUUAAUUUAUUCCAUGAUCUAUGGCUCAUUGCAUUUAUUUGUUCCUGUCAUCACAAACAGGACAAUCCAAGCUGUUGCUCAUCAGCAUGCACAUUUUGCAAUGAACAUCAGUAUGAUUUUAACCGGCUUAUCACAAAUACUAGUUCCUCUAUGUGUGCAGCUAAUCUUAUCAUACGGUCAAGGAAACAAUUGGUCUUUAUUAUUCACUCUAACUGCCAUACUGACAAUAGGAUCAACUAUUAUUUAUAUUAUAUUUGCACGUGUUAAAUUAGCAUCUUGGGUACAAAAAGUACCAGAACAGACGUCAAAUCGAUACACUAAGAAGUCAUCCGUAGCAGAUUUCGACAUGAAAAUUUAA